CCAGCCCUAGGAUGGGCAUGCCUGUAGUGGGGUUCUCACUCUGCCACUAACUGUAUAAAAAUGAGGAGAACAGGAGGUAUUGUUCCCUUGGUUUGGUGUCAAAAUUAAAUAGAAUAAUCGAAGUAAUAUUUACUUUAAGGCUUAGCAUGAGGAAGUAUCCAUAAACGUUACCUGUUAGCAAAACAGGCCCUCAAAUCUGUGUAAACAACCGCCUCCCUCUUACCCCUGCCCCUUUAAGGCCAUUUUGCACUCCUCAUCCCACACAGGGCCAGUCAAUAAAUAUUUACAUCAAUUAGAAUCAGGCACAUGGUGGCAGAGUUCAGGGAAGGAGAAGCGACAACGUGGGAGGCUCCAGAAGGCUGCAGGAGCGGUAGAAGCCUUGUUCAGUUUUUAACUAAUAAAUGAUUUAAGUUGUUGAGUGUUUGAAUCGCUCCUUUCCGGACAUAUGGCGUUUAUUGAGCAAGAGGUGGCAUUAGCAGUUAAAAUACUUGUUAGUGCGACAGUCAGUUACAAGUGUGCAAGAUUAAAUUCUGCUCUAACUGGAUUAUGUGGGGAGAGCCCUGGAAGCCUUGACUGAAAGAACGGCGCCAUCUACUGGCGAUAUGGAGAAAUGACCCCGGGCGGUGCGGGUCUUGGUUGGGGAUAAAAGUCCUCAGUAUUGCCAUUCUUUCUGCAGAAACUGUGGGCGGGACUGGACAGGAGGAAUUAAAAAGGACGGGCAAGCCGCACGUAAGAGAUGCUUCUGUAAUGUAGAGGCGGAAAGAGCACAGCACCUUGGGCGAGCGACAACCUUGUGGGUGGCAUCAUUGGAGAGCAGUCCCCUCCGUGUCUUGUCCUCCGCCCCCCCACGCCCAAGCCUCACCACCUCGUACUCACGGAUCCCCUGUCCUAUUGGUUUCACUUUCCUAUUCUCUGCUGGCUCCAAAUUCCAAGACGACCCUUCUUCACCUUCUGGUUCCUCUUUUUGUAUGGAAGGAAACUAGGACUGGGAAAAUCGCGCUGAGUCACCACAUUUGGCGGCCAGUCCAGAACAGCUGGAACAGAGUGCCUCCUGAGGGGCCACAGGCCAGCCUCCACCCCUCCAACAGCAAGUCCUCACGUGACAGCCACCCCAGGAGCCAGCUUCAUGGAACAGACACAGAGAGUCCUGAGCCGGCCCCCUCCCGUCCCCGCUUCCCAACCCAGGAAGAGAAGGACAUUGGUGCGAUCUUUCUUUUCCAAGGUCUCUUGGAAACUGAGGUUGCGGAAGCAGGAACCUUUGAAGAAUGUGUUUUUCAUCUUGGCAGAAAGAGCCCGGGAUCCUAAUGCUAAAAAGCGCCAUCUGGCAAUGAAAGGCCUGGGCACCUUGGCCCGUGAAGCCCCUGACAAGGUGAGAAAGUACAAGAAAGUUUUCCUUGCCCUCCUGGUGCACGGGCUGUAUGACCCCGUGAGUUCUGACGUUAUCCACGAGAGCAUGAAGACUCUGACCAUCAUGCUGGGCAAGAUCCAGGGCCAACGCCUAGGCUCCUUCUUCGUAGAUAUCACUCUUCAGACCAGGGCUCUAUUGGAUGAUGAAAACGACGGUGUGCGGUACUCGGCCUUUGUUCUGUUUGGGCAAUUGGCUGCAUUUGCUGGGCGGAAAUGGAAGAAAUUUUUCACUGACCAGGUUAACCAGACACAAGAUUCCCUCCUGACCCAUUUACAGGACAAAAGCCCUCAGGUGGCCAAGGCUUGCAAAACGACUGUGCGAGCCUGUGUUCCGUAUCUGAAACCCAGGAAAGAGCAGCGUUUCCAGAGUGAAGAAGAUCAGCGGAACCCCAGACUUUCCCGGCAGCUGAGCCAUUAUCAUCCUGAGGUCCUGCUGUUCUUCUAUGCCAAUAAAAUCCUCUAAGUCCAGAGCGGCAGAGAAAGUGGCCCCAUGUGAGUGCCCUGCUCCGGGCAUCCCGUUCCCUCUGCUCUGUCUCACUGGGUACCUCUUUGACUCUGCUCAUAUGAUAGUAACAAGAGAGGACGUCAGAGAGCUACUGAGGGCAAAAACAAUCUCCUGGAAGUGUAUCUCUGCACUCAAAGUAAAAUUCUCCAUUACGUUCACAGAUCUCAUUUCUUCCCUAAACAAACAAAUUUGUUUAGAGGUAUAUGUUUCCUUUUCUAAAUUGCGUGUGUGUGUGU